CAACACUACUAUAUAACAAAUAAUUUGAGCUAUGACUGAGAUAGAGAGACCUACUGAGUUCAUAUUCAGAAGGCCAAAUCAUGCUGAUCAGCUUCUAAAAUCUUUAAACUCGAUGAGGAAAGAGGAGCGUUACACUGACUUCUCUUUGAUGGUAGACAACGGUGUAAUUCUUUGUCACAAGGCUGUUCUGGUUGCUUUGAUACCCUACUUCAAUUCCAUGUUUUCAAGCAACAUGUUCGAAAGUCAAGAAAAUACAGUAAAUAUCAAAGAAGUAAAGUUGGAGAUUCUCCAGAUGAUCAUUGAUUUUUCUUACUCUGGAGAAAUUCUCUUGACGCAGGAGAACGUUGAAGAUGUUCUGAGGGCUUCAUCAUUUUUCCAAAUCUACUCACUGAGGAAUGCAUGCUGCAAAUACUUCACACAACUUCUAGAUACUGACAACGCUAUUGGCAUCUAUAACUUUGCAGAAAAGUUCUCUUGUUCACAACUGCAAGAAGCCGCUUUCAGGUACAUUCUGCAUAACUUCGGACUGAUAUCCAUUGGAGAAGAGUUUCUGUCAUUAGACACGGAGGCGCUGAUAAGCAUCAUAUCUGAGGACAAAUUAAAAAGUAGCUCCGAAGAACAGGUCUACACUGCUGUUGUUAGAUGGGCACAACAUGAUAUAGAGAACAGAAAGGAUGUCCUUCAUCGUGUGAUGUCUUUUGUCAGGUUUGGGUUGAUGAGUCGAGACAAGCUAACGGAGCUAUCUCAAGGUGAGGAAUCUCUGCUGCUAAUAAUAAACCAGCUGUCCUCAAAGUCAUACCCACUACGGCACCCUCACAACCAACCCAGAGAUCCUCAACGACUCAGCAGGCGUAUCUACAUAGCGGGAGGUAUAGCUGCUGGAGUGCACUCUGCCCUGUCAGCAGUGCAGUCCUACAAUCCUGACACUGAUACCUGGGAGGACGUGACUAGUUUGACAUAUCCAAGAUUUGGAGCAGGACUUGUUGCAAGACUCGGCUCACUAUACAUGAUCGGAGGACACACAGGCUCCAGCUACAUCUCAUCAGUUGAGAAAUACGACUUUGAAGGAAAUUGCUGGGUGACUCUGCCCGGAGUCUAUGGCCCUUCGCGCAGGUAUUUCAGCACAGUGGGUGUUGACGGAAAGAUCAUGAUAAUGGGGGGUUGUGACACAGCAAGCUACAUCGACACGGCUGCAGUGCUGGAUAUUCCCUCCAGACAGCUUAUAUUUGCCGGCAAGAUGAACGAACAGCGAGUUUAUUGUGGCAGCUGUGUUCUUAACGAUGUGGUCUACGUCGUUGGAGGUUACGGGAUGUGUCAGUCGUUCAGUCGGUUGAACAGCGCUGAGAAAUACGAUCAGUUGACUGGGUGCUGGGAGCCGAUAGCAAGUCUUAAGGAACCGAGAAGUGGUGUAGGGGUCGUGGCGAUUGGACAGAGAAUGUACGCUUUGGGAGGAUUCGAUGGAAAAAACUAUUUAAAUACUGUUGAGGAAUACGAUCCUAAGACAGAUGUCUGGAAGAAGAUAGCACCGAUGAAGUAUGCUAGACGAGCGCACGGAGCCGCUGCUAUAAGCGGAUAUAUCUACGUUUACGGUGGUUUUGAUGGCACAAACUUUAUAAAAUCGGUCGAGAGAUACGACCCUUAUCUAAAGAUCUGGGAAAAUAUGAAGGAUAUGCCCCUUGCAAAAGCUUACUUUGGUUCCACCGUUUUGUGACAAGUUUUUCAGAGUUAAAGACCCAUAGAUCUUCGAGAUUCUAGUUCCAGAUCAUCGAACAGACUGUUGAACAUUAGAAAAUUUUCCCAGGAUACCAUCCAUACAGUUGGUAAUGACAUAUGCCGACAUGUAAAAAUUACGAUGUAUUAAUUUUAAGGCCCAUCAGCCGACUCAAGCAAUUACGAGUGAUAGGACUGAAUAUCAACACUGAAUUGAGGUGUAGCCUUAAUCUGGCUACGCUAAUAUUUUUUCAAAUAAUUUUAAAUAUGUAUAUUAUAUAAUUUGUAUUUAAUCGUACUGUGAACCCCGAAAUUCGAUGUUUUAGAAUUGUAUGAGUUGCUAUCAUUGCUGGGCAUAAGCCUAAGUGUACUUUAGACAAUUUUUAUUCGAAUUUCAAGAAGUCAAACUUUCAUCACAGCUGUAUUAACAAAAGUUGAUAUCACUACGGUUAUUGUUUUUCACAAAUCCUUAACAUCAAAUCUGUGUGAGUCAUUUGUGAACGUGCAUUGUAUUUCGGGGUUUAAUUGUUGGUACCUGAUUCAAUGAAACCUGGUAUUAUUCAUUUUACAAGAAAGGGCGAUUUCGUCUAAAAGCAAUAAGUAUCUUCGGCAAUAUUUGCCCCGAGAUGUAGAGUAUAUAUUUUUGUCGAUAGAUGCUACAGCGAUAGCGCUUCGGCAAAAUUGAAUUACCGAAUUGUUGAUUGUCUAUGUUAGUUUUUAUCUAACAAUCUUGUAUCAAAUAAUGAUAAAUGUAUUAUUAUUAUUAUCAUCAUCGUGUUUUCUACAGAAUUUGAUC